AUGGCUCGCAUGGGACGCGGUAGAAGUGGGACAAGUGAGAGUGGGGGAGUUGUAGAGGCACUGGGGGCUUUCAACUCUGUUUUCACGGCUUAUGAGAAAACUGGUGCUAAACGUGAUGUCAACAAUAUGGUGACAGCGGACAGGAUCACAAAACUCAUGCAAAUGAACAUACAGGCUGCAUAUGAGAUGGAUCCCCAAAUGGAUGGCACGGAUGUCACUAAUGAGUGUCUUGCUGCUAUCUACAGAAGCCGCAUACUGCAGUUUUUUACUAAACCUGAGGAGGACGCCAACCUGCCACAUCUGAAGACGCUUGACCAGAACCUGGGGGCAUAUGUGGAGAAAAGUAACUCCAAGGGGGCAGGUGGUGCUGCAAGCUCAAGUCAAAGACAAGAGGGUUCGAUGCACUACAGCAAAGUUAGCCACAGUUCAUCGACAAUCAUCUUAUCAUUUACCACUCGACGUAUUACUACGGCGAAGUUAGCCGUAGUUCCUCGACGAGUACCCUGUCCUAGUGAGACAUCAACGCCCCAAUACGAUGUAGUUAGCCGGGGUUUGUUGAGCGUCGAGAGGAGAGUUACAAGAAGUAUGAGUAGACCAGGAGAAACAGUAGAGGAGACGGAGAGGAGGAUGUUGGAGGAAUUAAGACAAUGCUUGGGACCAUUGCCUGGUGCAAUUGAUACCCCCAAAGGAUCAACUCAAGGCGAUGAUUUCUAUCCACCCCUACCUCUUGAACCACCCCCCCAGCCGACCGGACUAUCAGAACCACCGACGGUGAGGACAGGUUCCGAAGAUUCGGGACAGACUCCACGACCAAGGGAAGGGAACACAGGAGGUAGGCUAAGUCCGGCCGGGAGUGAAGUAGUAGGAGGAACUGAGGAGGAGGCCACAACUCAGAAGAUGAUGCUGGCGAUAAUGAACAUGAUGAUGGAGAUGAAUAAAGAUAUGAUAGCAGAGAGGAAACAUCGAGAGGAGCAGGAGAAGAAGAAGGAACAGGAGACGGGUGGGGGGAUAGUGUUACGGGGUAACAACGAAUCGAGAGGACCCUAUCGAGUUCGACGGAUUAGGACAGAGGAAAGCGGGAGUUGGAGGCAGUGCUGCAGGGAAAGGAAGGCCGAGGAGAAAGGGCAAUCUACGGCGAAGUUUGUAGUGUUGCAACCUAAGACCACGAACUGGGGAAGGGCAAUUCCGACGGACUUAGACGAACUAAACCGUCGUUGGCCGAGGCCCAGUGCUGAUGAGGUGUUGAAACACAGGGAAGAAGGGAAGUGUACCGGAUGUGGAGAGAAGGGACAUUACAAUCGGGACUGGCCUGUAAUAGCGGCGAAGGUGAAGGCUGGGAUCAUCCCCGUGCGAUCUUUUGGGCAAGGUGCCGGGGGAGAAGGGAGGUUUAGCACGGGAGGGAACGCUAUCCCUCUUGGGGACAGGAGGAAGAUCAAUGCAAUUGGAGGGGAGGAAGCGAGCAUGGAAGGGCAGGGAAUGGACGAGGAGGAAAAAGAUGGGGACCCGUCGCGAUAG